ACGUCUGUGGUUCCUCAGAAACCAUUUAUUUGUAAAUGAUACAGAUUUUAUGUAAAUUGCGCCAGCCAAAAGUACAGGGAAAUAAUCUAUAGUACAUUAUGACCUUUAAUUGAGUGAAUUGAGUCGCAAUACAGAAGGCGAAAACUAAAACGGCGGUGCCAGUGGGGAAUUUGUAUUUUCAAUGUGUUUUACGUUUUACCGACCGAAUGUACAAGCGUUGAAGAUAUAUCAUCGUGUAAAUUGAGUCGGGAAAAGAAAUGAGUCACUCCAGUGAAUCUGGUGAGUCUGAUGAUGGUGGAGAUGAUCAAGAAGGGUCUUCUUUUUCUGAUACCAACGUCGAGGAUGCCUUAACAUCUUUUAGAGAGCAAUGGCAGCGCGAAUUGAAUUUAUCGCCAAAACGCGAUAUUCCCAAGGCUCAUUCCUCGAAAACGGUUAAGAUUGAUGUUGCUUGCGAUGAGGAUUCCAUCGAAAACAUGGCAAAACAUUUCUUUUUGAAAGGAAUUGAAUAUGAGCGAAGUAGAAAGUUUUAUGAAGCAAUUCAGUCCUACAAACGUGCUGUGCAAUUAGUUCCUGACAUUGAAUUUCGUUUGUAUGAUUCAAGCAAACUAAAGUCUAAUGACGAUAGUUUAGAAGAUUUAAAUAAUAUUGUGAACAAUGUUGAUGAUAACAAUGAAAAUUGCAAUGAUGAAGAUGAAGAAGAAAGUGAUUUAUUUAUCAAACUAUGCAAAAUUAUAAACGAUAAUAAAUGUGUUUGUUUGCCUAAAUUUGAACAAAAUACAACACAUAUUUCUGCCUUGCCAAUAGAAAUAGUGCUUUAUAUCUUAAGGUGGGUAGUAUCGUCAGAACUUGACUUGAGGUCUCUUGAAAUGUUCUCUAGCGUAUGCCGCGGAUUUUACAUAUCUGCAAGAGAUACAGAGAUUUGGAGACUUGCCUGUAUUAGAGUAUGGGGUGUAAAUUGUGGAACCUAUACUCCAAAAUACCAAUCAUGGAGGGAAAUGUAUUUACAACGGCCUAGGCUAAGAUACGAUGGAUGUUAUAUAUGUAAAAUCAGUUAUAUUCGCGAAGGUGAAAAUAGUUUCCAAGAUCGAUUUUAUAGACCUUGGUAUCUCUUGGAAUACUUUAGGUACCUGAGAUUUUUUCCUGAAGGAAAAGUCUUAAUGUUAACUUCAACCGACGAACCGCAAAAUUGCGUAAAUUCCUUAAAAACUUGUACACCACGGAAUCCGUCGGUUAUCAUUGGCCAAUACAGAUUACAUGGCAAUUGUGUCAUUCUGGUGUUCAAGCAACAAAAAGCAAAAGAAUUUAAUGACUACAGUAGAAAGAAAAGAGAACCUGUACACGAUUUGGGGGAACAAACGUUUCGCAUUGAAUUUAACAUUCAAAAUCACCUCGGACGGAUGAAUUCGCAAUUGAAAUGGUUGAGUUAUACUAUGUUUACGAAAUAUAGGGACGGACAUGUAGAAAAAUCGUAUUUGAAAAAACCGCCUGGAAAGGAAUGGAGGGUAUCGGGUAUCGACAGGCAAUAUCCGCCCUUCAAAUUUAGUAGGGUUAAAAGUUACACCCAUGAAAGUGAAGCUCCUCUGCAAUUGCAAUUGAUUUAUGUAUGAAUAAUCAAACAGUGGUGAAAUUAAGUGAAUUGCUAUCGAUAUUUUGGAAUCGUUUUAUGCUUUCAAGUGAUAGACGAAUGUCAUGGAACACAUCUUGUACAUUGCUCUGUGGAUGUUUAUUAUUACAAUUACGAUAAUAAACGUAUUUUUGAUGUGCUUAUUCCGCCUUACUUAUUUCACUCGAGAGAUCUCUUUCGUCGCGUUACCUUCAUCAAUAUCAUUCUUUUGUCCCUUAUUAAUGUUUGAAUUACAUUGGACAACUUGUUACAUUAUAUCAUUAAUCUCGAUAUGACAGAUUCGCUUUUGUACUCAUGAUUGCACUUAAAACUCUUCCAUGCAUUGUAAAACACGCUCACAGCGUACGCGUUAUCGCUAUGAAACUUUGAUAUAAUCUAUUAUAUCAUUCGUUUCUGAUACAACUGUUUUUUUUUUUU